AUGUCACGGCAACUCCAACAAUUAUUACCACGCCCGGGAGAACGAGAUGGCGAGCCUGGCCGCCCCUCGUCCCCUAUACGAUCUAAGCGUUCAACGGUGCGCGCUGCCUGUGAGCCAUGUCGUCAGAAGAAAACAAGGUGUACGGCGGAGCGUCCAACGUGCGGUCCAUGUCGGCAACGUGGAAUUCAAUGCGAAUACAAGACACUCGCACUAGAGACCCAUUCGAUGGCGCAGACGCGCAGGUAUAAGGCUUACGAGGACUUGUAUGGUAUUAUAAGGAGAAGCGGGGACGAUGACGCAGCACUACUAGUGAAACGAAUUCAAUCAGGUGAAGACGUCGAGGCCCUUGUGCGUUCGAUCGAAGAGGGCGAUCUCUUGCUUCAACUCUCCUUACGUCCCGAGUGGAGGAUUCGAUACGAUUUUCCCGGACGCUUUGGGCCAAUUCCCCCGCAUCUUGACGGCUGGCCCAAUCCUUACCUGAAGUCCAAGCUAUUCGGUGGUUCGCCAUUUUCGGAUACGGCGAAUGGAAACUUCACGGACCCGGAUUCGAUUGGGGAACAUGAUAGGAUAUAUGCGAUCCCAUUUCACGUGGUAAAGCUAGCAGAUCCUCGUCUAAAUAACCUAGAUCUGACAAAGUACACAACCGUCUCCCAGAGUAAAUCACUGCUUCGGUCACUACUUGAAGUCUAUCUUCUCUAUGAGUAUCCGUGGAAUUCUUUCUUGCACGCUGACUUCCUCCUCGAUGACAUGAUUCGUGGUGACAAUCGCCAUUGCUCACCUCUCCUCAUCAACGCAAUUAUGGCUGCUGCCUGGCACGGCUACACAGCCGGGAAACUACGUGCAGACUUUUGGCGGCCCGAUAAUCUUGGAUAUCAUUUUCUGGCCGAGGCCAAACGUUUGUUAGAACUUGAAAUGGGCGACCCAUCAUUUACGACAGUCCAGGCAGCUGCCAUAAUUAGUCUGGUCUGCACUGUCAAUGGUGUCGACAAGCUCAGCUGGCAAUACAUACGUAAAGCCAUUGAGCUCGGCCGCCGCGUUGGUUUAUUCGACCCGAAUUCCCGCCUUCAGGAUAUAGAUCAUGUCGCGGUAGUGACCACGGCUUGGGAUCUUUUCAACUGGCAAAGUUGGGUAUGCUACCACAACUUCCAGGUACCGUUGCUGAUAGAUCCUCCACCAUAUCCUCUCCCACCGAAAGAAGAUGCGAUCGACUAUUUUGGAGAAAUAUUCGUUCAGUAUCCUGGGAGCGAGUCUCGAACACCUAUUUUCCACGGCGCCAUGCACCUCUCUAUCUGCGAGUUUCGUGUGAUCAUGAACCAGAUAGGCGCUCGUUUGUUUGAACCCACUGACAGACCCCCGUCUCUGUCGCUUGACGAGACAUACAGAGCUCGCGGCAUUCUGCAAGCCUGGUAUAACAGCCUCCCUGAGGAACUGUCGCCACUCAACAUUGCCAUACCGAGCCACUUGUUGGUGCACAUGCAAUACCACGUAGUGUUGAUUGGAAUAUUCGAACCACACAGGCAUGUCAGCACACCGGUGUCGGUAGAGUCGCCAAAAAACAUCAUCGCCAUAGCCAAGACAUGUUUCGAGACUCUAAUGCGAAUCUACUACAUGCGCCACGGUUUCGAGACGUACGACUACGCGCUCCUCGUGUACCUGCCUCUGCUGGCCUUCAGCUCGCUCCGCGAUGGCAACGAUACCCUGCCGGGACUCGAGCUGGAGAGCCGGCGGACCACGCAGCUGCUGUGCGCCAAGGGCCUGUACGGACAAGGGAAGAACAUGCUGCUGUGCAGAGCCAUCUUCAGCCAGUUCAGAGCCGCGCUAAAGGAUCCUGAUAUGAAGCGUCGCCUGGAUCAGAUGGUGGAUGAUAGCCCCGACCUGGGGAGGAUGCUGCAAGAGCUGCGGUCCAGUUGGCCCGUCGGCUUGUUCAACGUGCCGAAAGGCGGCGGCGACCUCUCGGUGAUACCGUUCCUCCAAUGGGCCGGGUCGCCGGCCGAGGAAGGAGGUCAUGGGCUGCGCCAAGCUGGAGAGGCGUACGAUUUGUCGAGGGUGGUAGAGCUUGAAGAAUAG